CCCGGGGGCGGGGCCGGGACCCAAGCUGAGCGCGCGCGUCGCUGUGAGGGAAGCCGCGGCGGCAGCGGACCAGCCGAGGAACGGGCGAGCGCCGCGACCAUGUGUGGGCGGACGUCCUGCCACCUGCCCAGGGACAUGCUGGCCAGAGCCUGCACCUACCGCGACCGCGGGGGCCGGCAGCGGCUCCCAGAGUGGAGGCAUCCCGACAAGUACCACCCCUCAUACAACCAGAGCCCACAGAGCUGCAGCCCGGUGCUGUUGUCCCGCCUGCACUUGGAGAAGGAUGCAGACUCGUCAGAGCGGAUUAUUGCUCCCAUGCGAUGGGGGUUGGUCCCCUCUUGGUUCAAAGAAGAUGAUCCUUCCAAGCUGCGGUUCAGCACCACCAAUUGUCGCAGUGAUACUAUCUUGGAGAAACAGUCAUUCAGGGUGCCUCUGGGAAAGGGGAGACGCUGUGUUGCAUUGGUCCUUGGGUUUUACCAUGCUAUCCAGUGUGGGACAGUAUCCAGCCUGCAAGUAGAGCUCCCUUGUCUGUUUUGCUUACAGCAAGGCAGUGGUGGGGCUUUAGACAGUGCUGAGAACUGGGAGAGAGUCUGGGAGCACUGGAGGCCACUGACCAUGGCAGGGAUCUUUGACUGCUGGGAGCCACCUGAGGGAGGAGAGCUGCUGUAUUCCUAUACCAUCAUCACUGUAGAUUCCUGCAAAAGCUUACAUGACAUCCACCACAGGAUGCCUGCCAUACUGGAUGGAGAUGAGGCUGUGUCCAGGUGGCUGGACUUCGAGGAUGUCCCCACUCAGGAGGCCCUGAAGCUGAUCCACCCCACAGAGAAUAUCACCUUUCACCCCGUCUCCACUGUCGUCAACAACUCGAGGAACAACAGCCCUGAGUGUCUGACUCCUGUCCACUUGAUGGUCAAAAAGGAACUCAAGGCAAGUGGCAGUAGCCAAAAGAUGAUGCAGUGGCUGGCAACAAAGUCACCCAAAAAGGAAGACCAAGAGACAUCACUAAAGGACAAGUCUGAUACACCCCAGUGGUCCAGCCAGUUCCUGCAGAAGAGCCCACUGCCCACCAAGAGAGGUGGAGCAGGCCUCCUGGUGCAAUGGCUGAAGCAGGAGAAGGAGGAGGCGCCCCCAAUCAAGCGGCUUCAUAAUCAGUAGGCAACGUCCCUGGCCUACUGCAGUGCAUAUAUGGGAGGAGGUGACAAUGGCUAGGUGACAGUUGCAGGCUCUCUGGAAAUCCAGAGUGACCCAGAGUUUCGUAUAAUAGCAGGACACUUCCAGGCCUCCCUCUAGGGGAGGGUCCGCAACUGCAUAUUGUAAAAACUGGCGCUCUGGGAAUCUUGGAUAUUUAGUUAACUCUAUGAUGUUCUCAAUUUUGAAAGAGGAUGAGGCAGGCCAGGUAAAUUUAGGCUGAAGAAAACUUUUUUUUUUUUUUUUUGGUGGAACCGGGGAUUGAACUCAGGCCCUUGUGUUUGCCA